GAUAUCAAUACAUCAUGGAGUGAGAAAACCGGAGCUGAAGAGAGACACAACUCACCACAGCGGCGAGGUGAUGAUGGCAGCAGAGAACCUGGUUGGAGCUCUGACCCCGGUGACCUGGACUCAGUCUGCACAGAGCAAGUCAGGCAGCAUAUUCACAGGCGGCCAGGAUGGCGCUCUCCCACUCAGCCCGUCACUGUCAUGGAUGACAACCGUACCACCCACAGUGACUAUGACACACAGGAAGGAAGGGAACCUCCAUUUACAUCGGGCCAGAGAUCCUCUCAGGAAAAUGAACAAAACAGGAGUCCUUCUAAUAAGAGAGAUAUCUAUAGACUUGUGUGUUCUUUGGGUGACAAUGAGAAGACCACAGAUGAGGAAAUGGAUCACGGGAGCAGGCGGAGCCGGCCUGAAAGAACACCAGAGAAGAAGCCGUCUGAUUGGGCCAAGAUGAAACGGCGGCUCUCGACAAUCAGACAAAAAUGUGAGAAAGAGGAGAUGACGCUACAGAGGAAGAAGACUCAGAUACAAGAUGUUGAGCUUUCCCUCUCUCAACUUCAACAAAGAAGAAAGCAUGCCUUGCAGGAAUUAAAGCAACUGACUGGAGAGAAAGCAAAGAUGGAGAAGGAGAAGAGAACUCUGAGAGGCAGCAGGGCAGAGCAGGAAUAUAUUAGUUGCCAGCUGAAUGAGCUGCAAAGGCAGCGAGAGUCCUGUAUCCUUGAGCACAGUGCCGUCAUGUCAGUGCUGGAGAGGAAGGAGAUGGAAAGACAGCUGGAGAAUGGCAAAACAGAGCUGUUCGCUGAGCAGCGACGUGCGAGAGAGAAACUAGAGUCCAUACAAGAGAGGUUGGAGGAGACGCACGAGGAGCUCCAGAGAGUCACAGAGGAAGAGAGCUUACUGAGAAACACCUGCGCUUCACUGGAAGAAAAACAGAAGCAGAAAAAGGAACAGAUCGAGGCAUUAGAGUUUCAAGUUGGCAAACUGCAGGGGGAACUGGGAGAAUGCAAGAUCGGAGUGGGCACUCAGGAGAAGAUGUUGGCCCAAAAGGAGCUCCAGAUGCUAGAUUUGCAUGAGCAUAGUGGGGCCUUACAAGCAGAGAGAGAUGGCCUGAGGGCGGAGCUACAGCACAUUCAAAUCCAGCACUGCAGUGCACUGAAAGAGGCCCACGAGAAAGCCCAGAGAACGAUGGAGGCAGCAUUGAAGCAGCAACAGAAAGAUUUGGCUUUGGCUCAUGAGCAGCAAAUCCAAAAGGUUAAUAAGGAGACUGAAGAGGAGAAGGCAAACACUUUGAAAGAACACGCUCUGUUUUUCACACGGCACACUGAGUCCUUGAAAAGUUCCACUCAGCUAAAAGAAGAAGAGGCAAAGAAGCUGAGCGGUUCUCUGGAGCAGCAGCAGCACCGUGAAGAGGAGCGCCAUCUAAAAACGGUGCACAACGCGAUAGAGGAGGAGAGGAAGAAGUGGGACGCAGAAAAAGUGGAAGCAUUGCAGGUGCAUUGUGGGAUACUAGAAGAGCCGAAAAGAAAGAGUCUGGAAGGCAUGAGGAGUGAGACGCAGCGAGAGAAGAGUAAAGUGGUGGAGCUAAAAACUAGAGUGCGAGACAUGGAGAGUGAAAGCUGUGCGCAGCAGAGAGCGCAGGAGUCUUUGCUGGCUGUUAUCUGCAAAUCACUUAAAGAGGAGCACCGGGCUGAGUUGCAGACGUUGCAGAGGCAGAUGGCACAGGAGCGUCAGAGGGCAGUGCUGCGGCUCGAGCACGCUGCUCAGGUGGCAGAGAAGGAGGCUGGCAAGCUCAGCAUGACGCUGGAAGAAAGCCAGCGCAGCCAUAACCAAAUCACAGCUGAGCUGGAACAGCAGCUCAGGCACUGGGCCGAGGAGCUGGGAGCAGAGUGCCACCAUCUACACCUCUUAGUGCAGCAGACUGGAGCCAAACAAAGUUCUGCGCGCCUACCUUGCAGUCCGACAGCAGCUGAGGCUCUGACACACCUGAGGACACUCCGAGAGCAGUUAAAGCACUUUAUCAACCGUCUACAGCAGGAGCUCGACUCACAGAAGGAAACCACUGAGCAGUUGAGAAAAGACAAGGAGCGAGAAUUGAGCAUCCAGAGGCAGCAGCUGAGGAUGGACAGAGACCACGCCUUGGAUUCUCUAAAGGAGUGUCUCAUUCAGGAGCACAUCGAGGAGUUAAGCAGUCUGAACUGGACUCACGUGUGUGAAGGAGGAGCUGUGGUCGGAGGGGCGGCAGCAUCUCUUCGCAAGCAGCUGAAGGCCAAAGACCUGGAGCUCAGGCAGGUUCAGAGGAGCAUGGGUCAGUGGAAGGAACAGACUGCAGCUCGCCUGGCAUGCAAGUUUGAAGAAGAGUUGACUGCUGAAUUAGAGAGGUGCAGGAUAACGUUGUUACGGGGCAGAAACCCAUCAAAGCCCAGAGAGGAGAGGCAGAGAGGUCCUGAGCUUCCUGAAGGAGAGAUGACGCUGUGUGCAGAUGAAGCUCAGAAAUGCGUUUGCUCUCCUUCCCUCCAUGUUGUGGACUCUGCUGCCUCCCAGAGCCCGUCAGACGUGGCUUCAUUGAAGCUUCUACGUUACCUCCAGAGCAGAGUCAAGCAGCUCCGUGUAGAAAACCAGGCCAACAACGGGAGCCCGUCGCCUUUAAAAACAAUCCCUUUAGAUCUGUCAGGAUCCUAUCUGACAACAGUGAGUGCAUUGUUUGAAUAAGCACUGGUUGCAUUUCCAGUGGUGACAAACAACAGACAUUAGUAGUUAAUGCACACUGAAUUAUUUCAUAUUGUAUGAAUGGAAUGCCAUCGUCCUGCUUUGAUAUCCGCAAAGUCAACAUGAAUAUACAAAUACUUCUUGACGAGGAGGAAAGAAACACUGUAAAUGUGGCAUCAUCAUUCAAAUUUAAAUAUUAUUCUGUCCUCAUAAAAAAAUACUGGUGUCUCUUUUAAAGAUCGGUCAAGGUCAAAUGUUGCUGGGAUUCAGAGUCACGCCUCAAUCAGGACAGUCAUAGGUUAAGAAACCUUACUGUGCGUGUGUGUGCGUGUGUGUGUGUGUAAUAUAUUGUAAUGCAUUUCAAGCCAUCUUUUGUUGCUACAGAAAUGAAUCAUUUACUGUUACAUGUGCUUAAGAUUGCAGAUUAACACGCAGGUCACAGUGACAAAUGCCAUAACUGAAGAUCUGGUCAUUUAGUUUAGUCUCCCGUGUUGAAGCAGUCAAGUUUUUAUGGCUUAAGGUGACAAUGAACUCUGAAUGAGUGAUGAACUGACAUUUCACUGAUGAUCAUGUGAGGUACGUCAGAACCUCAUAAAGCUGGCCUUUGCAGGAAUCUUUAGUACAAUCAGAAAUGUUACUAGGUGAUGAAUUGUAAAAUAAAAACGUUUGUAUAGAUUUCUGGCAAGCUAACGCAAAAUGUUAGAGUUAGAUUUCAAUAUAACAUCUUAAUUAACUUUGUGAAAGUCUAAUCUUAAUGUAAAAUAAUCCAAUGGGACUGUCUCGUGCCUGUGUAUCCAACAACUACUUUCCAGUUAUCGUCAGUCUUU